AUGGCCGACGACAACGCAGCCGCUCAGAAUGACUCAAACGUCAGCCAGCCUGGUUAUUACCCUGCCACGGAUCAUGCAAUCCCGUACCAGUCAGAAUGGUCUCGACUUCAUGACGACGUGGCGACCAAGGCGACGCUCCGGCACCUGGGAUGCAACUACUUGGGCACCCCGGGUUGCCCGCCGACCCUCAUAGCGCUGAAGCGGCACGCACAAUCCCUGGCUGUGCUCAUCGCUCGCCUCAGCCCGAGCGUGAGGACCGGGACGGUCGACGGAAAUCCCAUCUUUGAUGACAGGCAGGUUAGACAGGACCAAAAUGGGGCGAGGAACAUCCAGCACAGCGUGGAAGGGCGGCUGGAGCUGAACGACGCUUUUGACUGGCUUGCAGACCUGUCCCAGCCGUACAACAAUGACGACCCCAACCACCACAAGCCACUCAACAUCCUCUCAAACGAGGUCAGCGGUCGGCACGAGGUCACUGGCACCGAAUUCAAAUGUCCGAUCCAAAAGUUCCCGGCGCGCGAGCCGCUGGAGCAGAGAGCUCACCCAUACCUGCCAGAUGUCUCCCAGCUGCCGCAUGCCAGCCAUCACCUGCUGGCCAUGCACGCGAACCAAUGUCUGGAGCUCCUGGAUCACGAGUUCAGCAACACGGGCGGCAUCCUCAGCCUGAUCCCCGAGGAGGGCCAGGGCGCCAACUCGGCCGAGCUCAAGGCGGCGCAGAACUCGCUGCUGGGCCAGCUGCUGCUGUACGUCCAGAGCCUGGCGCUGCGCAACCACGAGAUGGACAUGACCAACGCGAAACUGACGGACGCGCUGGCGGGCGAGGCGGUGGUGCCGCUGCAGCACCUGUCGGUGCUCGGGCCGGACGGGCGGUCCGGGCGGGAGAUCGCGUACCCGCAGGACCGCUGGGUGCUGGUCAACGCGGGCGACGACGUGUGGGCGCACCUGCACGACACCCUGGACCGCGAGGAGGCGGCGCUCGCCGUUAGGGAGCACGAGUGGGCGCAGGAGGAUGUCGGACUGGGCGGCGACAGCGUGUGGAGCACGGAGCGCAGUCAGGGCCGGCACGCGCGCGGCCUCGUGGCGGUGGACAUCAGGUCGCGGUUCUACCGGCUCGAGGGCCAGGGCCGCAGCACCAUCUUUGUGUUGCCGGCCUUCGCGACCCAUCCCAGCACCGAGUGGAGCGAGAGGCUGGACCGGUACAGCAAGCCCACGGUCGUCGGCACGGUGGCGCCCAGGACUGCGCAGCGGGCGACCGAUUAUGAGAAGAGGAAGAACGAGGACCACGCCGCCGAGUUGCGCAGAAGGACCCCGGUUCUCUGA